AUGAACACCUUAACCUCACUAUUCCUGAUCGGUUUCCUUCUCAUGGUUGCAUGUUUUGUGCCCCAUGUUGAAUGCUCUACAGAAGGUGGAGACACCUAUCUUCCAAGAACGACCUAUGCGGUUCCUCUUACCUAUGCAGCAGCUCCACUCACUUAUGCAGCUCCUGUGACCUAUGCAGCACCUAUUAGCUAUGCCGCUCCUUGUCCACCACCAGUGGCAGCUCCUCUACCUGCUCCUGUCACUUAUGCAGCACCGUAUGCUUAUGGAGGAGUGUAUGCAGCGCCUUAUGCUGCUCCUUGUCCACCACCAGUGGCAGCUCCUUAUGCUUAUCCUUAUGCAGCACCUGUCACUUAUGCAGCAACGCCUGUCUUGCUUGCCACUGCAGCAAAGCCAUGUUAA